AUGAUGUACAUCCCAGUGCGCAAGCACCAUCUGCAGAGCCCCCCACAGAAGCAACAAGACGAUCAGCCGAUACCUUCAACCCGUAACGAUGAUGAUGACGAGGACUCCGAUCUGGACGAUUUAGACGAUGUCCUAGAUGAUUUCUCUAAACCAAAGCCUACUGCACAACCCGCUGCGCCUGUCCCGACGCAAGAUCCCUCAACUGAGGACUUCGACGAAGAUGCCUUCCUGAAACAGUUGGAACAAGAUAUGGCCAAUAUGAUAGGGAAUCCGGGUGGAUUCCCCGUUAGAGCAAAGUGGGAUCCCCCCCCCGGUGACUUCUUGAAACAGUUACUCGCCGAUGUUAUGGCCGAGGAAGGCGGAGAUCCUGCUGCGGCGGCGGCAGCAUUGGGUGGAAAAGCUUCAUCUAGUACUGCUGCUCCUGUGCCAGCUCCUGCUACUUCUACUGGAGCUAGUGCAUCUGAUGAACAGACGAAUGAAUCCUUUAGUGAUGCGAUCCAGCGCACGAUGGAGCGGAUGAAAGAAUCUGGUGAUCGCGCGACGGAGGCAGCUACGGAGGAUGAUGGAGUAUCAGAUGAUAUGCUCGCACAGCUGCUAAAGGCUAUGGAGGCUGGUGCAGCGGGUGCAGGUGAUGAGGGAGACCUGACGAAGAUGUUUAUGGGAAUGAUGGAGCAGCUCUCGAAUAAGGAGAUGCUGUAUGAGCCCAUGAAGGAGCUAGAUGGGAAGUUUGAGCCCUGGAUUGAGAAGAAUAAGGCUGAGGGCAAGGUCCCCAAGGAUGAUAUGCAGCGCUAUGAGGCCCAGGCGAAGGUGGUUAAGCAGAUUGUGCAGAAGUUUGAGAAAUCGACAUACUCGGAUGAUGAUCCCAAGUGUCGGGAGUAUGUAUGGGAGCGCAUGCAGGAGAUGCAAGCUGCUGGCAGCCCACCUGAAGAGCUGGUUUCGAACCCACUCAUGGAAGAGACUCUAGGCGCAGCUGCUGCUGGAGGACCUGGAGGACCUGGAGGUGUCCCUGAUUGUCCCCAGCAAUAA